GAGAAAAAAAAAAGAAUGCUCGCCAUUUUCCCCAAGCUCCCGAAGCGAUUUCCAUUUCAACUGCUCUUCCUCCCUUCGCAGCACGCACGUCGCCGUAGCCACAUGGCCGACCCUUCCAGAUCCUCCCCCACCGCGGCCGCCGCCGGCGACGCCCUCCUGGCGGCGGCGGCGGCGCCCGGUGACGCGCCGGACGCGACCGCCCUCGCCGUGGCGGCCGAUGCGGACGCGGAGUUCGGGUUCCAGCGCGCGGAGCUCGGGACGGAGAAGCUGGCCGGCACGGUGCAGUUCCACGAGCGCCACGUCUUCCUCUGCUACAAGGGGCCCGAGGUGUGGCCGUCCCACGUCGAGGCCGCGGAGUCUGACCGCCUCCCCCGCCUCCUCGCCGCCGCCAUCAAGACCCACAAGUCGGACUUGAAGAAGAAAACCAAAUUGACCAUUUGUGAAGGAGAAGAUGGCACUGAGUCAUCCAAUGGAGACGUGUUGAUCUUUCCAGAUAUGAUCAGAUACAGAGGGCUGACCCACUUUGAUGUUGACAACUUUGUUCAAGAAGUGCUUGUGAAAGAUACUGAAUGGCUUCCUGGAUCUCCUGAGGCUAUAAAAGGUUCCUAUGUUUUUGUUUGCUGCCAUGCAAGCAGGGAUAAGAGGUGUGGUGUCUGUGGACCUGCUUUGAUUAAGAGGUUCAAGGAAGAGAUAGGUGUACAAGGCCUUGCUGAUCAGGUGUCAGUCAGUGCAUGCUCACAUGUGGGAGGCCAUAAGUAUGCAGGAAAUGUCAUUGUUUUCAGUGCAGAUGCCAAGGGAGAAGUGACUGGUCAUUGGUAUGGUUAUGUUUCUCCUGAUGAUGUGCCUGUCUUGCUACAUAAACAUAUUGGACAAGGAGAGAUCGUGGACCAUCUAUGGAGGGGUCAGAUGGGUUUGUCUGAAGAAGAGCAGAGGAAAGCCCUGGAGUCUAAACACGUGACAAAUGGUGUGACCGAGGAUGGUGCCCAUGAAUCCCCUGAAGAAACUACCAACGGUUCUGCUUGCAACCCUGUCGCUGCAGGUGGUUGCUGCCAGGGCAAUGGAGGCUUUACCUGCUGCCAGAGUGAUCUGCCAAAGGAGGAUAAGAGCAUCACAGCUGAGCAGAACCAGAAGAGCUCCGAGAAGGGGGCUGACAAAGAGUGUGCUGCUGGCAGCAAGAAGAGGCACAUGAAGAUGUGUUCCAUGCCAACCUGGUUUGAGACAUGGGAAACGGCUGACACCUAUGCUGCUCUUGGUAUUGUUGCAGCUGCUGCAUCGGUGUUCGUCGCUUUCAGGAUCUACAAGAACCUCAAUUGAGAAUCCUCAGAACAGGGCUAGGUUUUGUGCACUAAGGACAGUCUACUGCUGUAAAACAGUCUGCUGUGAGAAUAAUAUACUACGUGUGCAUAGUAAUGCAAGAUUAGAACUUUAAAGUAGCUAAUCUGAAGAAAGUGACCAAAGUUGUUUUGGGUAAUGUCGUCCUCAUGUGAAACUCUGCUUAAUCUCCAAGUUUUCCCACGCCUUGCCUAUUUGUUUACCUUCGCAAGGCAGUGACCCUGCUGUUCGACAUGACGAUGUUAUCUUUAUUUUGAACUGGAGGUGUUCUUCAGCAUGUGGAUGCAUGCUAUUCAGAAAAUGGUCAGCUUGUAUUUUUGUCGCUGGUUGCUGCUCCUGUUGUUGAAUGUUUUGAGCACUCCAUUUAUAUGGUAAUAAAUAUUUCAUUUUCAA